UAAACGGAAAGCCCAUGAUGACAGCCCAAGUUUGCGCAAAUAAAUUAGGCCCAGUACUUCCCAUCCCUCAGUGAAAAACAAAAAAAAAACCCGAACAUCCGCAUGCCAUACGCGUGACAAAAAAGGAAAGAAAGAAAAAGAGGGAGAAUACCAAAAGAUACACGUUUCCUACUGUUAUUAUUAGCCGACGAAAAACUCACCGUCGACCCGACUACUCGCCGGAAAUGGAAGGAGUUGGAGCCCGAACGGGUCGAUCUUCAAGCAGAUACGGAACAACAACAGUCUUCAAUGGUCCAGUUAGAAAAUGGAAGAAAGAUUGGGUUCCAAUUCCUCCUUCUUCUUCAUCUUCAAGCAAUUCAAAUCAAAAUCAUCAUCCAAAUAAUAAUAAUAAUAAUAAUCAUUCUUCUACUAAUGGAAACGUUAAUGGUAGCAGUGUUUCUCACCUCCGUCUCUACAAGUGGACCCCAAUUAAUAAGGAUAAUUCUUCUAAUGAUAAUGAUAAUACUAAUAAUAAAAUUAGUAACAAUAAUGAUGAUGAUACUAAUGGAACUAAGAAUUCUGCUAAUGACGACGUCGUUUCGGAUGAGCCCGGAAAGAAGAAAUUCAAGUAUAUUCCGAUUGCAUUGCUAGAGGAACAGAAAGAAACAGAAGAGAAUCUGGAUGUAGAUAAGUCUGCUAAUGACGACGAAAAUACAGGAGAGCAAGCUUCUAAGAGCGAUGGAAAUGAUGAAAAACCUGACAUCAAUGAUGUCCCCAUGGAAGAGAACGAGGCUGACGGAGAGAACCAAGCUGCACCAGCACGGCAAGAUUUAAAUGAAUUGGACUUGAGCUUAGGCUUUACAUCACACGAUGAAGAACAUGAUUCCGACUCAAAGGCAGACCCUAAAGAAGACGUUUAGUAGGAAAAUAGUGUUGUCUCCCGUUGUAGGGAUCGGAAUGCAAGCUGCUCGUUGUUGUGUACUUGUGUUAUCUCCGAUGAGUCUGAAAAUUGCCUGUGGUUUUUAUGCUUCUAUUCUAUUCUUAGCCGAUCUAUUUGAAAGUUUACACUAAUCGAGCUGAUUGUAUUUGUAAGAAUAUUGUGUACUGUAAAAGAUAGGACACUCCCACAUUUUUCAAAUCAUUAAUUUUUCUCUCUAAUGCUUGUUUUUCUACUUUCUCGGCGUGGCAUUAAGGUAAGGUCUAAAGUACCUAACUUGCUUGUAUCCGUUACGUCUC